AUGUUGCGGGAAGCUGUAGCUGCUGGGCGCACGUGGCAUGCAGACAGGCUUGCGCUGCUUUGCUCCGUGGCUUUGACCGCUGCCUGGUGCCAGGAUUCGAUCAUCGAACUGGUGAGGCGGCUCCUGGUCUCAGAUGCCCGCGUAAAACGCGCGGAGGCUCUCCGCUCAGGGCGGCGGCUGAAGGUCGCCAUUCUGGGUGCCGGCAUGGGCGGCAGUGCCUUAGCAUUGUGGCUGCGCGACUUGCUCGGGGACCAGGUCGACAUUGCCUUGUUUACAAACGGUUCCAUUGGCGGCCGAUGCCAGGCCUUGGAGCUGGAUGGUCAGCGCUACGAGGCCGGCGCCUCCAUCAUCUCAGAGGUGAAUGUCCUUUUCAAGGCCUUGAUGGGGCGAUUUGCGUUGAAGAAACGCGAGCUGUCCAAGUGCAACAUGCCCCUGGCAGUGUUCAACGGCACUCGCUUCCUCUUCAGCACAGCCAGUACAGCCGCGACCAACGGAUGGAAGUUCGCUACGAAGCUCUUGAACCUUUGGAAGCUGAGUUCGCGCUUCGGGUUUCUCUCCCUAAUGCGGCUGAACCGGCUUGCCAAGCGCUCGUGUGCACCGAACUUCACUCGCCUGUACCGAGCCUUGCGUGAUGGUGCUGCCUAUGCCCACCCACGUGAGCUUCUUAGCGCACUAGGACACAGCAGCCUUCACCUCACGCAGAGACACGCAGACAAAUGGCUCGUGCGCGAGAUGAGCAUUCCCGGGCCGAUCGUUCAGGAGCUUGCCGAACCUGGCAUGCGUGCCAACUAUGGAGGUCAGGGCUGCAAUGCGCUUCACGCCUUCGUGGGGUUGGUGAGCAUCAUCGGUGGGAUCAGCAGCAAGUGCUUUGCUGUGCUCGGUGGCAAUUACCAGGUAGCAGAGCGGUCGCUGGAGGCUGCAGAGCCACGCGUGCUGCGUGCUUCUGCAAGGCUUAUCCGGAAGGACCGGCACGUGGACACCUCUGCACUGUACGAACCGGCCUUUGAAGUUGGUUACUACGCCUUGCCAGAGCCGGGAAGCAAUGCCGGCCCCUCUGGCUGGCCUUUGGCCUCGACACGGGGGGCCAAAGAGCCUGAAACGGAGGGCCUCCGCGUGGAGGCCUUCCACAUCGUUGUUGUGGCCCACCCGCUAGAGCACUCCAACCUUUGCUUCGAGGGUUGCUGCGAAACCAUGCAGGCAAGGCCGACGCCGCAGUUUAGGCGCUGCGCUGCGCACUUUCUCCGUGGCACGCUCAACCUGCGCUACUUCGCGGAGGCCACCUUUCGCCAAGCCACUCCGACGGAGCUGAGAGCGGCAGCUGGAGCUUACGAGGCUGACCCUCAGGCCUCUAUGCCGCUGUUUGCUCCAGCGCAGAUACUGACGACCGCCGAUGCUACAACCCCCUUCUACUCGAUAGGCUUGCAGCUGCCCGUGGACACAGCCUCACCGGCCCAGGCGGCCGAGAUCGUUGCCAGCGCCGAAAAGGGAGAGCCGCAGGUGUACAAAGUCUUUGCCCCUCAGCCGCUUCCUGAAGAAGAGCUGGACAAAUGGUUUAAUCGCUGCCGAUCCUCUCCGCUUCAUGUGGUGGACUGGUACGCCUAUCCGCAAUACACAAUCCCACAGGGCUUUCGGCCGUUCGUGCUCGACCAGGAUGGGGUCUUCUACAUCAAUGCCAUCGAGCAGGCGGCUCCCUGUUCUUACGGGUUGCAUUGGCGCUUGCUCGAAUCAUCCAGCUGCCGGGUGCAAAAGCACAGCUACGAUCGACUCCGGUAUGCCCAAAACUGGGAGUCGAAAUCGCUCAGAUCCUGUGAACGCAAAGACCACGGCUUUCAGGUAGAGAGGUAG